UAGGCGUUUAUCCAGUUUAUUUGUUAUGGUAGUCGUCUUGUAACAAUAACAGAAAGACGUGGUUAAAGAUGUUAAAUAUAAAUUCAUGAGACGUUUAAUACCUGUUUUAUUCGGAUAAUUUCCUCCGCGUGUAUAAUAAAACGGAAUAAGUGUCGCUCUCGGAUUAAAUUGAUAACAGACUUCGUUUAUACACUAGUGUUAAGAAUUUAUUUACUUCUGAAUAACUUCUCCCAAAGUGUGCGCGUGCCGGUGGAUAUUUAAGGUGUCUCUUGGAUUUUAAAGACGGGCCCAGCAUCUAUGGCGAGUUUGUGACGUCAUAAAUGAGCAAGGAUUGUAGCCACGUCCAAAAUUUAGUCAUGUAGAAUGCUUGGUUGCUACGGACGCUCUGAAAAAUACAGGAAGAUGGGCUGUGGAUCGAGCGCAGAGUUUUCUGAUGAUGAGCCACGGACGGUGGUGGUAUUUGGAGCCACGGGACUUUUGGGAGGGGCCGUCGCCCGCAUGCUCCUCGAGGACCCCUUGCGCUUCAGGGUGCGCGCCGUCACCCGCCGACCAUCCAGUGAGCGCGCCCGGAAGUUAGCGGAAGAAGGGGCGGUGAUUGUGACAGCUAAUCAGAAUGACAUAGCGAGUCUGGAGAAAGCAAUGGAAGGGGCGGAUGCCAUGUUUCUCACAACACAUUACUGGGAAGACAAAAAUAAAGAGAAAGAAAUUGUUAGGGGCUUGAAUUCCAUCGACGCUGCCGUUCACAAGGGUUUGACCCACAUCGUGUACAACGGCUCAGAAAACGUGAAAAAGAGUAUAGGGCGGGAGUGUGGCCACCUAGACAGCAAAGCAGCCAUAGAAGAGUACCUCAAGGAAGUCGGUGUGAACUACACUAUCAUUCGGUUGCCAUUUUGGUAUGAGAAUUUCACCACGGUAUUUAGGCCACACCAAGUUAAAUACGGAGUGUACGCUAUACCACUGCCAAUGGAGGACAAGCCUCUGGACAUGAUCUCCGUGGCCGAUGUUGGGGAAUGUGUUAUGAACAUUUUCUGUCGUCCUAGAUUUUACUCCCGCAAAAUAAUCUCCCUUGCCGGCGACAGACUAACUAUGGAAGAGAUAGCUCACGUCUUCAGCAAAUAUGUAAUCAACAAGAAAUUUAUAUGUCCAAAGAUUCGGAUAAAAGACUAUGAGAAAUUCGACUUUCCCGGAGCACACGAAUUGGCAGCCAUGUUUGAAUUUUACAAAAACGGACAGAUAACUCGUGACAUAAAAAUGGCCAAGCGGCUUAACUCGAACCUUCAAAGUUUUGAUAAAUGGAUGGAUUAUGAAGCAGAGACCAUAGAAAACGCCAUUAAGGAAGGUGAUAAGGAAUUAGAAAUUACAAAAAAUACUCUAGCCGUUACUAAAGAGACAAAAGUGAAUAAGAAAAAAUGACCAAAGUAGGUCUUUUAGGAAUGUUGAAAUUAUGGACGACUAGCUUUUUAAUGAAAGCUAAAACUGCAUUGCUAGGAGGAAUGUCGACGAGUUUUUACAGAAAGCUUAUAUUUCUUUAAAGUUCGGUGUCUAGAAAUGCUUCGAGGAAUCCAAAUGCCAUUCAACAAAAACUCACUUGAAUGCGAGUUUUUGUUAUAGAACAAAUUGAGUGUUUUAUAGAAAACUUACGAGUGUUUAUUGAAAAAAUGUCUAUGCUGUUAUCAAGUCGUUAAUGAGGAGAGCAAAUGCCACUCAACAAAAACUGUCUUGAAUGCGAUUUUUUAUAGCAAACUUGAGUGUCUUAUAGAAAUUGUUAAGUUUUUUUUUAAUUUGGAAAUUAAUAUAAUGCUUCAAAUGAGAAGAAUGCUCAACAGAUUGUUACACAAGACAGACAUGUUGCACCAAGAUAGUCAACUGUAAGGAGUUUCACUGUUUAAAAUGUGUACUAUAAUUACGAGAGCAUCAUUGGAGAGACACGGGGGUGAUUUCAAUUUACGGACCAAGUUGUGUGUAUGAGCGUCAUGUCAAUGCUUUCUGUGCAAUUUGUCAUUUUAAGCUGCACUCUCACAGAUUGAAAGCUUUUUUCCCUUUGUGUCACAAAAUAAGGUAGUUUUGACAGCAAUGCCUUCAAUUCAGUCAUAUAAGAUAACUCACCAAAGAACAGAUCUUAAUUGUUUGGAAAACCGCUGAAAACGUUAGUAACGCUUUUAGCCAUAAAACAUCAGCUUCCGAACGUAAAUAUGAAAAAUGCGAUUUGAUUUUUUUAUCAGCAGUCUUAUAUAUCUUGUUUCCAGAUAUUUACGCACAAAUUGGCUAAUUCCAAGACACAAAAAAUGUCAAAACGUGGAAUCUUUGAGAGUGAAGCUUUAACGGGACUAGACACCAGAUGGUUGAGUUUACCCUAUUUAAAAUAGCGCAUAAUGGUUUCCCAGGCAAUAAUGUGUAUGUCUAGCAUGUGAAAGUCACGUGAUUAGUGAAGAUACAUACACCGACGCUAUUUUAAAAUUGUCUGGGAUAUACGUGGUAGACAAACCCAGUAAAUUUUCGAAUUAGCAAACAACGCAAAAAAUCCGAAAGAUACAUGCGUCUUUAUCGAUGUGAUAUAUCAAUAAGUGAGAUUUAAUGCGUUGUGCACACCGAUAUAAAUUUUAUAAAUUGUUUUUACAAUUUUCGUUUUGUUUUAUUGCGAGUGUAUCAUCUGGUGUCUAGUCCCUUUAAACCUUGUCUGUGAUAAUUCAAUUUGAGUUUUACCUAAUGCUGAACCAGUGAAGUGUGAAGUGUGUUUGGAGGACUAAGUCAGGCGUUUUGGUCGAAAAGUAGUAACUGUACAAGGCGCUCAAAAAACUGUGAUAUAAUUUGUGCGUUAGAGAAUCAUGAAAUAUAUUUAUAAAACAUUCUUACUGCUAGUGAUGAGAUUCGAACGUGCUCAAUGUUUAAUAUUGAAAGUUGACCUAGGCGUUGUUUGGAUAUUUCAUAACCCAAAAUGUAUAUGCAUUUAUUAUUUAAUAUGUUAUUGAAUGAACGUGAUCACAGUGGUAGAUCAAAUUUCUGUUUUAGGAAAGAAAUGGUCAUUUUAUGUUUCCUGGCAGAAAAGUCAAUUUUUUGCAUUUUCUUUAUCCUAUAAGGCCAAAAUAGCUCUCUAUGGACAGAUUGACAUCUUUAUUUUAUAAUGACCGGUUUGUGAGUGAUUUUAUCAACCAUAUUGGGUUUGUCAAUCUUCGUCUGGUUGAUUGCAUAAUAAGAUUAAAACCACUGACUAAUAUCACAUCGGAGCGAUAUUUCGAAUAUAAAUUCAUGAACACAGAAACAUUCACCGUGCGUAAUCAAUAUUUGUGCUAUAUGUCAAUCACAAGGCAUUUAAAUUUCACGUUUAUAUAAAUGUGCAUAGUAUUGUUUGUUUACCAUGUUCUAUGAUUUAAGCAUUGACAAUCCGAGACAAACAUUGUGAUUUUCUUUCCAUUUUGUGUGCGAUAUUUCAUUUUGAAAAUAAAGUGCUUAGAAAUCACUAGA